AUGGGAUCCCUGGCCGUCGACAGCUACCGCGAGAAUGCGGAGGUCUACCGCGGCGACGCCGUCUGCAAGAAGAGGAUGGCCGAUCUCCUGAAGGAGCUGGGCCUCCCACUGGGGCUGCUUCCCCUCGACGACCUCGAGGAACUCGGCUACAACGAGAAGGCCGGGUUCCUGUGGCUGGUUCAGAAGAAGAAACGGGAGCACAACUUCAAGGCCAUCACGCAGCUCGUGUCGUAUGCGACGGAGGUGACGGCGGCGGUGGAGCCCCGGAAGAUGAAGAAGAUAACUGGGGUGAAGACGAGGGAGAUGCUGCUGUGGCUGUCGGUGGUGGAGGUGUACAUCGACGAUCCCUCCUCCGGGAAGAUCACAUUCAAGACUGGAACUGGCCUGGCAGACAGCUUCCCCGUGUCCGCCUUCGAACUGGAAGCAGAGAAAGGAAAACAAAGGGAAUAA